ACGAACCGAUAACCGUUGACGUACUUGGUGUGCAAACAGCAAUUUCGGGAAAUCGACGGACUGUGCGUCUUUAGAUCGAAUCUAUAACUUUUAUCUCGGGCCGCUGAGAGGAAACCGAUGCGAUGAUCCGCUGAUCGCGCGUCGAGGACGGACAUCACGCCCUCUUGUGCGGAGAAGAUGGAGAGUGAGAUGAAGAGGAGGAAAUACUCCACCAGCAGCAACGACUCUGACACCACCGACAGUCAUGUGACCACCUGGUCACGGUCUUCAAAGAACACAGGGACCAGCAGCACAUGGGUCCGCCAUGAGCAGAAGAAACCGUCCGAGGUGUUUCGGACCGAUUUUAUUACAGCCAUGAAGUUGCCUGAUUCAGCACAACUGAGCCCAGAGGAGUUCUACUUCCUCUCCGACCCCUGGAGGCAGGAAUGGGAAAAGGGUGUUCAGGUGCCAGCCAAUGUGGAGCCGAUUCCUGAGCCUGUAGUCCGGAUGCUUCCAGAGGUCAGUCGAAUCCCAUUCUUUUCACCGAUCCAAACCAGGGGCCAGUCGGAGUUUGGCUUCGGAGAGUCACAUGUUCUCAGUGAGCCGUUGAGUUGUUAUGAUCUGGAUGAUCUGGAUGUGACCUGGCUUGAACUGGUUAAUACUGAAUUCAGACAACUAGCACUUCCAGAGCUGGACGAGCUGACCAUGGAGCAGGUCGUGGUGGAGCUGGAGAACCGGUGUCAGCAGAACAUGCAGCAGGCCAUCGAGACCGAGGAGGGUCUGGGCAUCGAAUACGACGAGGACGUGGUUUGUGACGUGUGCCGUUCACCUGAGGGCGAGGAUGGCAACGAGAUGGUCUUCUGUGACAAGUGCAACGUUUGUGUGCAUCAGGCGUGUUACGGGAUCUUGAAGGUGCCGCAGGGUAACUGGUUGUGCCGAACCUGUGCCCUCGGAGUGCAGCCCAAAUGUCUGCUCUGUCCCAGGAGAGGAGGAGCUCUGAAACCCACACGCAGUGGAACCAAGUGGGUCCACGUCAGCUGUGCCUUAUGGAUCCCCGAGGUGAGCAUUGGCUGCCCUGAGAAGAUGGAGCCUAUUACAAAAGUGUCCCACAUCCCGGCCAGCCGCUGGGCCUUGUCCUGUGGCCUGUGUCGUGAACACACAGGAACAUGUAUACAGUGCUCCAUGCCGUCCUGCAUCAUGGCCUUCCACGUGACCUGUGCGUUCGACCACGGACUCGAGAUGCGCACCACUCUGGCAGAGAACGACGAGGUGCGCUUCAAAUCAUACUGUCUUGAGCACAGCGGCGUCUCGCGCUCGAGCAGCGGCGGGAAUGUGGACCGGCCUUCCGAUCUGGCAGUGAUGCUUUCGGACCGUUCGAAGCAGGAACAAGCAGAACGGGAGAAAGCCAGCCAUCGCAAGCAGAAGCUGCAAGAGCUUGAAGACGAGUUUUACAGUUUAGUGGACCCCAAGGAUGUUGCAGAAAGCCUUUCCCUUCCAGAUGUUCACGUGGACUUCCUCUUCCAGUACUGGAAGCUGCGACGAAAGGCCAACUUCAACCAGCCGCUGGUGGCCCGCAAGAGGGACGAGGUGGACAAUCUGGCCCAGCAGGAGCAGGAUGUUUUAUAUCGCCGUCUGAAGCUCUUCACUCAUUUGCGUCAGGAUCUGGAGAGGGUCAGAAACCUGUGCUACAUGGUCACACGCAGAGAGAAGAUCAAACACUCUUUAUGCAACCUGCAGGAGAAGAUCUUUGCCUUGCAGAUUCAGCUCUUAGAGAAGGACCUAGCUGGAGAAAAAACUCGGAGAGGGGAGAAGAUUCAUUGCAAUGGAGUCAGGGAACGAGUGAAAGAAAGAAGAAAGAGUAGUCCAGACAAGAAAGACAAAUGGAGAUCAGAUGACAGCUCUGUAUUCACACAGCUGGGUUUCUCCAAAUCCUUCCCGCUGGACGGCUCGCUUUUUGACAGCUGGCUGGCUCAAUCGGUUCACAUCACGGCAGAUAACAUGCUGAGCCAGUGGUCUCUAUCCGAAGAGAGCCGUGACCCCUCCGCCAGCCUCCUGUCAGACCAGCUCCUGCAGGGCGAGGAGAACCUGCUCAGCCUCAUGAUGGACCACUCCAUCAAGUCCUCCUGGAAAACGCCCCAGCAGGGCCGCAAGCCGAGGGCUGGGCCACGCUCCCGCAGGAAGUCCGUCUCGCUUCCAAGAAUCGGAUCCGCAGUCAAAGGCAAGGUUUGUCCUGAGGACCAACUUCCCAAACGAGGAGAAAGAGUACGCCAUGUACACCCUCAUCACACCCGCAGCAGCGAAGGCAGGCCGGACCCUCUGCAGCCAGCCAUAUCCAAAAUGGACUCGUGCCACAUUUCCGAGGAGCAUGGCUCUUGGGACCCUGGUGCGGACGAUGGGGAUACGGAGAGCGACAAGCGCUCGCAGGUGGCCUUGCAUCUGCGUCUACCUAGACAGGGCAAGUCACGCUCUAAGAGCAACACGACGCAGGUCUUGCUGCAGAACAGCACUGGGAACAACAUCUCCGCGCACGACACUGAAACAGACGGCUAUUUCUCUGACGCGGAACAGAGUGACAGUGAACUGCCCUCAUUCAGCCGGAAGCUGCGCUUGCCCCAACUGCAUGCUGGGAAGGAGGAGGUAGUGCGGAGAAGCGUGCUUGCCUCCUAAAACCAUUUUUGGUUGUGAAGAUGUGAAGGCGUGUGUUCUUUUCUCGCUUUACGUGUCAGAGUAUGUUAGUCCGUCGCCUACAUUUAUGCAACCAUAACCAUUUGUGCUUGACAAACAAGAAGAAUCGAAAAAGUCUAAAUGAACACUGUCAAGUGUGUCCUCUUGGGAAGCAAUAGGCUCUGUCCUGGAACAGGGACGAUGACGUGGGCAUUAUGACGUCUGUUCAGGGUGUGUUUGUUUUAUAUAAAUACGUCUGUCAUGUGUCUCCAGAGGAUGCGGCUACUAUAAAAUGAUGAGAAAAUAUGACACAAAUAAGCACAAAUAGCCGUUGGGGAAUGUAGCACACAUGUAUGUCGUAUCCACCGCCUCAUUCGCUUUUACAGAGACUAGACGUACCAGAAUCACACGGACACUUGAGCGUAAUUCUUACGUGACAGAUCAGCUUCCAUCAUGGGUGAAUCUCACGAACAUGAAGCCUGUUUUAAGAGCCGUGUGACGAUUGAGUACAUUUUUUAUGUUUGUUCAAUCCAUCUCGAGUGGUCUGAAGUUGUAACGUUGAUUUCCUCUAUCUAUUGGUAUCGCAAGACAUUAGUUUUGUAGUUUUUAUCUUACUUUGUGUUAUCACUGUGGUCUUCUUUGUGUCAUGGCGCACCAAUAAUUUAGGGUUAUUUAUGGAAACCUCAGUAUCUUGAAAAAUCGUUAGAAAUUUUUUCUCUUUACAUUCAGAGCAGCAUGCAGAGUCAAACGUUCCCAGUUUCCCAUGUCGGCAAUUUUGGGCAUCUAUCAUUUCGAAUUUGGGCAAAAAAUGCUAUAUUUUCGAAUGCAUUGGUGUAUUGUUACAAAACAUGGUAUGUGUCUUCAGCACAGUUCCCUAGACAUACUCGAAACGUUUUGUAGCAGUACCACCUAGUGGUCAAACAUUAUAAUGGAAUUUAAAAAUGUUAACAGCUUUUGAUUAAUUUAGCCUAUUGUCUUGAGACUCCUCUUGAUAGAUUUCUUGGAUCAUGCAUUGGCUGAACUUCCUGUCCGCUAUUUUGAUUUUUGUUAACUUAGACCACUGGUCUGAUUUUCACCAAAUUUGGCUCAGACCAUCUUCAGACCAUACUGGAAAAAAUUCAUGAAUUUCGUGUCGAUAGAUAAAACGGUUUUCAUUUAACGUACCAAUUAAUUUAAUGCCAAACUGGAUCUGAGGCUGUAUCUCUGUAAAGCUUUGACAAACCGACAACUGACCACACCACAUCAAUUUGUUAACAGCGCCACCUAUCGGUCAAAAUUGAUAAACCAUUAAAUCAUAUUAAUAAUGACUGAAUUUAUGAUUUUCAGCCAGUUUAUAUUAAAUCACCUUAAAAUGUCUUCAGUUACUCCGUGUUACUUUUGGUUUGAUCCUCCCUGCCAUGCUUGCGCCUCAUUCUGCUUCCAUUGUGCUUAGCCCAUUAAUUGCUGUUUGCAUUUGGACUUCAAUUCUGAGUCAAUUCUAAGGGUAGUUCAUGUAUCUUGAAAUAUGCAUUUGAUAUCAGUUUUUAAUUCCAUCUUGAGCCAAGAAACUGAGCUUUCCAUAAAUGUCUGUAUGACCCAAAAUUUGUUGUGCGCCAUGACACAAAGACGACCACCAUGGUUAAACGAAGUAAAAUAAAAAUUGGUGGUUUUGCGAUACCAACAGAUCGAGAUAAUCACUUUAAAAAAUUUAAGAAGUUAAAAAUAGUUAUGCAACUCCAUUGGACCACUUCUGAUAGUUCCAGUUACAACUAAUUAAAAUGUCUAGAAUUUUUUGGAGGGAUCUUUUGUGAGAUUCACUUUCGUAUCUGGCACUUUCUUUCCCACUUACUUCAGUACAUUUGUUCAGAAAGAACCAUUGUUGUUCUCCAUUAAAGUGUGCCUUCUGUAGCCCCCCAAAUCAAACGAAUAAUCAACAUGUUUAACUAUUUUAAUACAAUGAUGGCAAUCAGAAACUAACACCUGCUUGGUCCAAAAGCUUGUAUGUAGAUGUCAAAGUCAUAGAGAUUCUAGGUGCCUAGAAAACAGCGUCGACCCAUCAAUACUGCUUUAGCAAAGUGCUGCUCAUGCACCGACGUCCGUCAGUCUAAUUGGAUUGACACUUACGAAGUGUCCUCAGGCUUUGCUAAUGUUUUCCCUCUGAUUGUGACGUCUAAUGAAUCAACCCAUGGUGUUUAUCUCAGGGUUAUAGCGAAGAAGUGAUUGCAAUCAUCUGAAAAGCUUAAACCUGUACAUUCACAAACAACAAGGUUUCUUUGCCAAAACGUCACGUUUUGAGAUGAUCUUCUCACAGUGUAAUGAUGAAACACUGAGUUUCUUUUAUUAUGUAUGAUGAUGCCAAAGAAAAGUAAGUCAGCAUAUGCUCUGAAGUGGAUGUAAACUUUGUGUGUGGAUCUUCUGAAGAUCUCAGCGUGCACUGAUAUCCACCCGUACACUCCUGGAUCGCAUCAUCAAUCGAGCAUCGUCCUCAUCCAGCAAUCACAGACGUGAGCUGUCCAGAAAGGUUUAGUUUGAGACAAAAGCAACUGAUGUGUAGCAUACGUGAUGCGUGUCAGUGAUCGAAGGGUUAGUUCACCCAAACAAGGACAGUUCUGUAUUCAAUCUUGUCGUUCCAAACCUGUUUUGAUGUUCUUUUCCAUACGAUGAAAGCAAAUGGGUCCAAAAAGGACAAAAAAAAAAAUAGUCCAUGCGCUACAUUCCGAGUCUUCUGGUCUCCCAAAUUUUAAGUGUUUAAUUUACCGAAAUCGUUCCCCAGUCACGUAGAUCUCCAACGUUGUGGCAAAUUUGCGACUAGCAUCAUAACCAAAGGAUUUUUCACCAGAAGACUAGAAUCCCGCACACAAGUCACCAUCAUUUUGUGUUCCACAGAAGAGUAAUUUUGGGUUUGGAACAACGCCGCGGUGGAUGAAUUGUUUCAGUCCUUCGCUGGCUUAAAUCGCGACAGCCGUCUACUGUAUCCGUACAGACCACAGACAGCGACCUGUACAGAUUUCAUGUAUCUUAGCUGCUUUAAUAGGGACUAAUCAUAGCGCUGGUCAUUUGCCGUUCUCUGGUUCAGUAUGCACCCAACGCAGACAUGGAAUACUGUGCCUUUAGUGACUUAGUUUCAGCCUCCUGCAAGAGUUCAAGCUGCUUUAUCAUGCUUCGUUGCCGUUCGUGUACCAAAACUAUAACAUAUACUCUACGUAAUCUCUGUAAAUGUUCAGCUUCUGUGCGACCGUUUUCCUCCCACAACGUAAUGACUGAGUAGAUCUUGACACUCGUAUGUUGUUAGUGAGCCUUCCGCUUUAAUGACAGAAGGUAACUAGUCUUUGCACUUGAUUAUUCUUUUGUCUCUACAAAUAGCUGGAAUGGCAGGAAAUCAUCAAGACCACCAAGGGGUGUGCGAUAUUGAUGAAAAACAAUAUAUUUUUUGUUUAUGAUUAGACGAGAUGUAGGGUGUUUUUGUGCUGGUACGUUGGCUGGUUUAGGCCCGUCAUG